AUGGUCAACGCUUUCAACUCGGGCGAUUUCAAGUUCGCCUGCACCAAAAACGAGUGUCCGCGCGAGGUGAUAAGAAGACGGCGUCACUUCUCCGUUGAAAAAUGCAAGUUCCAAGAACGCGAGGAGCGGGGCAGGGAAAUUCGCGAGCGGAAGCGUCUGCUGGCGGAACUGCAACACCAGGAAAAGGUCGACUACCUGCAGCGCCGACCGUGCGAAGAGGCGCCGGCCGUCGACGUCGCAGCGUCGGAAAAGCAGAAGGCGAAGGAGGCGCACGCGAAGCUGGUCUUGUGGCGGAAAAAGCAGCUCGAGCAACAACGCCAGAGCCAACUGCAGCUCGAGAAAAAGCUGAAAGACGAGCAUCACGGGGUGAAGAAGGCGUCUGCGAGGAAGAGCCGGCUGAAGAACGACGACGGCCACAUCAGGGAGGUGCAGGAGAACAAGGCCCUGCAGUUGAGGGAACAUCAGAAGACGGCCGCGAUUGGCUCUGGCUACAAAAGUCAAAUGGCGGAACUGCGGCUGGACGAGAUGAGGAAGGCCAAGCAGGCGGCCUGCGACGCGCUCAAGAAGCAAAAGCAGACGGCCGUGCAGCGGGUUUUGCAGAAGCACCAGCAGAUUAAGCAGAAGGCAGCCGAGAUAGUGGCCAACGAGAUUCAGGUCAAAAACCAGAGAGCCGACUAUGUGCUUGGAAUAGAGCCUGAGCCCCCUGUGAAGUGCCUUUUUAAACCAAGACCGAAAAAGGUUCCUCCUCCAUACAUUCCUCCAAAGUACGUCCUGGCAGAAAAGACGUACAACCUCGAGUUUCUCCGCCUGAAAUUCAAGUCAGACGAGGCGCUGUGGCACCGUCGGAACCGCGACUUUCCGCUGCCGACCCUGGACGCCAUCGUGCUGGAGUGGAAGCAACGCAGCCGCUUCGAGGACCCUGACGUGCAAUUCGGCGAGGUGCAGAAGGAAUUCGCUAACGCCGAGGAGACCCUGCGACUGGAGCAGUGCUACUCGUGGAUCUCGGCGCCGGUGUCGGUGCAGGUGCUGCGGCAAGUUUGCCUCGCGAGCCUGGUGCCCAGCGAGCAGGAAUACGCGGCGCUCGGCGUGCUGGAGAAAAUUGCGUUGCACGAGAAAAUGAGGGAGAAGCAGGUGGCGGCCGUCGAGGAAGAGAUCGAGAGGCGCGUGAGACGGCAGCACGCGGCCCAGGCCCUCGGCGUUGUAGAGAAAUUGGCGCAAUUAGAGCGAGGCGUCGGCGCCGACGAAGGCAACGACAACGGAGGAGGCACUAAAUUUGAUUACGCCACUAUGCUGUACAAGAAUGUGCUGCGACGGUGGGACAAAUGAACGAGAUUAAAGUAAAUUCGAUUUUGGCGUCACAAAUACACACCCUACAGCGAUA